AUGGAAAGGUUGAAAAACAUACUUAAAGAAGCAAAGGUACAGCACGCAGAGCAGCGUGUGUUUCCUUGUCUUGAAGUGUGCAGAGUGUCAGAAAUACCCAAGGCAUCAUCAAUCGACACAUUGGACGACUUGAACGAGGUUCUCAGAGAGUUCGAAUUCCCAAUCAUUGAGCAAAGAAUGCUUGAUGACCAUCUGGCAUUGAUAGACGUCCUCAAUAACCUCAACAUCGAGUACGGAAGGUAUGGACUGCAGUUUUCGGCAGAAAUAGAUAGUCUGCACUGCAGGCAGGAAGAGUUGGCUUUGGUUGCAGAAUGCGAGAGGGAAUGCGAUGUGCUGGAAGUCGAGCUUGCAAACACAAAGCAGAAAUACGAUGAGGUUGAGGAGCUGAGCCGCUACAGCAUUGAUGAUCUUAAGCAUAGACUUUGUGAGCUUCGAAAGCUGUUCAACGAUUCUGAGUAUGAAAAGCAGCAUAAGGAGCUAAUUGAAAAGGUGCUUGGAUUCGUGAGACUGGAAAACAAUUGCGAUGAAAGCAUUGCUGGUGCGCUUAGAUACAUAAAAGAAUCAAAAGCAUACAUAUCAUGUAUUGAAAAGAUGGCUGCGGAGAAUGCAAUCAAAUCUGCAAAGGACUCAGUGAAUAAACACAUCUUUACAAAGCUUAUUUCACAGGAAUACGUUCAGCUAUGCGAUCUUGAGCAUGCCAUUCAUAUCGACAGGCAGGGACUUCUAAGGAUAGUUUAUGGUUUGCUUAGUAAAGGUAUUAUCGUUUUUGAUCGGACAAGAGACAGAAUAUCAAUCCAAAGAUAG